AUGGGGGAGACAAGGAUGCGGCCCGGCGAUGACGGUUUAGCGUGGUGGAGAGUGGGGGAUCUGGCGUCCAUCGAAGGCGGAAGGAGCAGGAGAUCGCUGUGGGAGAAGGAGCAAAAGCGGUUGCGAGAGCGGGAGGAAGAAGAUAAGUCAAGAGCUGCUCAGGGGCAGCUGGUGCAGGAGCUGGCCGGCGGCGGCCUCCCAGCUCCGCCGAGCCGGUACGUGCUGAGGGAGGAGGACCGUCCGACCGGCGGCGUCGCAGCGCCCGUGCUGGCCUUCCCCACCGUGGACGUGCAACGCCUGGCUGAGCCCGGCGACGUCGAGGAGGCCGCGAAGCUGCGGGCGGCGCUCGAGUGCUGGGGCCUCUUUGCGGUGACCGGGCACGGCAUGCCAGAGGCGCUCCUCGACGGCAUCCGCGACGCGGGGAUGGAGUUCUUCCACCUGCCGCUGGAGGAGAAGCUCAAGCACGCCAACCGGACAGAGGACGGCGAGUUCCAGCCGGAGGGCUACGGCAUUGACCGCGUGGACACCGACGACCAGGUCCUCGACUGGUGCGACCGGGUCUACCUCACGGUGCAGCCGGAGGACGAGCGGCGGCUGCAGUUCUGGCCCAGCCACCCGCCGUCUCUCCGGGAGCGUCUGCACGAGUACACCCUGGGGAGCGAGCAGGUGGCCAAGCGCGUGCUCCGGGCCAUGGCGAGGGUGCUCGGGUUCAAGGAGGAGUUCUUCGUCGACCAUGUCGGCGAGCGGGUGGGCACGUACGCGCGAUUCACCUACUACCCGCCCUACCCGCGGCCGGACCUCGUGUACGGGCUGAAGCCCCACACCGACAACUCCGUCGUCACCGUGCUCCUCCUCGACCGCGACGUCGGGGGUCUUCAGGUGCUCAAGGACGGCCGGUGGGUCGACGUGCCCGUGCUCGGACGUCACGAGCUCCUGGUGGUCGUUGGCGACGAGAUGGAGAUCAUGAGCAACGCAGUGUUCAGAGCGCCGACGCACCGCGUGGUGACGAGCGACAGGGAGAGGAUGUCGCUGGUGCUGUUCUACCAGCCGGAGCCGCACAAAGACCUGGAGCCCGCCGAGGAGCUGGUCGGCGAUGCGCGGCCGGCGCUGUACAAGAAGCUCAAGGCCAAGACCUUCGGCGACGGCUUCUGGGACGCGUUCGCGCUCGGCGAACGCACCAUCGACUUCCUCAAGGUCAGGGUCGACGACAACAAGGACGCGGUCUCCAUCAACGCUUGAAGCCGCGAGCUAGCUGAACCACAUCACGCACGUACGCAGAUGAUGAACUUCGUUGUGUGAUCCUGUCAGUGUGUCAUGAACAGUGUCUCCGUGUUGUUCACCUCUCUCUCGUUCUCGCGUCGAGAAGUAAUAAGAGCAGCCGCAUGCACUUCAUACUCGA